AUGAAUUUUUACCCAAUUGCAAAAUACUCUGUUGCUCAGGACUCUUAUGGAUAUGAAUCAUCAUCUACAAGCUGGUCGCAUUAUUCUGAUGGUGGAUAUACUAUGUCACUGACAUCUGGAUUAUUGCAAAUUCGUAGACGCGAAGAAUUAAUUCAGAGUUUAAAUUUACUAGAUCUAUGGCACCAAUUCAUCCCAGGGACGAAAGAACGGAGCUUGGUUUUGCUGUCCAAGGCACCGUGCAUGAACUUUCGCAUCUAUAGCAAUAAUAUUACAAAACGAUUCCAGGUCAAGUUUCCAUCGGAUGUAUUUUACAUGAAAGCAAAGCUUGAAAUCGAAAACCUGGGAUUAUAUUUUAAGGAUGCAAGAUCGUCAUCGGAAAAAAAGCAAAUGUCGAAUUCACAAAGCCAAAUUGGGAAUUCCCAAGAGAUGUAUAUGGCGGCACCGAUAAAUCCUGGAGUGCAUGCUUCGUCUCAACCUACGAUUUCAGUGCAGGCUCCUACCAUUUUGUCUCAAACGAUUCCAGCGACACCGCCCGUAGCAGCACCAGGAGGAGGAACAGUGGGAGUAGGAGGGGGCAUGAUAGCAGCACCGUCGUCGUCGUCGUCGUCGUCGCAUCUUGCGACGACAAACCAUGGUGCUAAUGAAAUAGCCGUUCAUACUCCUUACAAACGGGCGAGGGUGGAUGAAACAGGGUCGAUGGGUCAUUCGCAGGUAGAGGGUAGCACACCGUCAGGGUCGUCGUCUUCAUCCGGUGUGUUGACUUCUAUUCGACCGUCGCAAAACGCUCCGUUGAUGGGAAGGCAGGAAACGAAUAUGGAAAGCAUACACAUGUCGCAGCCACCAUAUUGGGAAGAUCCUACGGCGAUUUCCUCUUCACCAUUUCAUCCGUCUCAGUAUUCCAUGGUGGCAGGGACACCUCUUGGAUCGCAAAACCCAGGAAUCCCGAUAGCAUCUUUAAUGACGCCUAUGCAAGAGAAUCCUGGACCUCCUGCUGCAGUACCUGCCUCGUCGUAUAUGAACAUGCUGCCGUCCCCUCCUACAACAUCGUCGCCGUCCGCAAUUUCCGCGAACCUAACGGAAGAAGAAAAACUCUUGCGAGACAAGGUUUUGUUUUAUCUGCAGCAAAGCAGCUUUCUUCAAUUGUGUCAAACCUUGGACCGAAUUUGGGCUACGAUGCAACAUGCAUAA